CAAGCUGCUAGGUGGGAUGGAAUUAGGGGAUGGGGGCUCAGUCCUUCUUUCUCUAGAACGGGGCUGCGCGCUAUGCAGAACAGAAGCUGCUGAGCCAAGCAGACGCUCGAAGUCAACAGCCGAACCCGUUCGGUAACGGGCGGAAAGGUUUCCCGAAGUGAAGGCAAAGGUGAAGUCCUACAGAAAGCAACGGACAACGGAUAUAUUGACACCAGACACAACGGAGGGCGCCAAGGAUGUAUAAUUCACAUCGUCGUCUCAUCGUUUAGAGAGAGACUGAGGAACAAAAAGGACCGUUUUGGAAUCAAGCUCCUCUGUGCCAUUCGGUUGUUCGGGGGCGGCGGAGACUGGUUGUUUACGGCUAGAUUAUCUUGGACGGAGUGAUAACAACGUGAUAUUACGAAGGAAAAUCCUGCCUGUUCCGUGCAUUUGGCGGCACAGCUUUAAUGAAGAAACAGACCUUCUAACAACGCUGCUGAAGGGGGGGACCCGCCUGAACAAGUAUGGGGUCGCCAUGGAAACCACUUAUCCUGCUGUCCGUCAUCAGUGGCCUUUCAGACUUUGCUGUCGCAGUACGGCCAGUGGCAGCAGUGUUGAGAAGGAAACCAGACAUCUCCUCAUCGCUGCUCAGUUCGUGGCCCCGGCCUCAACACCGACAUGACCACGGCAGACGGCUGGUGACUCCUGACUGGCCGGCAUCGUUCUCCAACCAUCACCUGUCUACCCUCAGUCUGCUCAGCUCUCAGGAGGAAUACAGGAGCCAAGAGCGGGAAGAGUUUGGGCCGGUGUUCGUCCAGGAACCACAUGAUGCCGUCUUUGCGUUGGACUCUGAGGAGAAGAAAGUGAUGAUGAGCUGUGAAGCCAGAGGCAACCCUGUACCUGUAUACAGUUGGUUCAUCAAUGGAACAGCAGUGGAGACAGAGAACCGUUACAGCUUGAUCGACGGCAACUUGAUAAUAACCAACGCCAGCGAGACGGCAGACUAUGGGAGAUACCAGUGUAAGGCGGAGAACAGCUAUGGGACGGUCCUGAGUCGGGAUGCACUGAUACAGUUUACCUAUCUGGGAUCCUUCAGUGUGAGGACGAGAGGAGGUGUGUCUGUAAGGGAAGGACAAGGAGUGGUGCUCAUGUGUACACCACCCCCUCAUUCUCCAGAGAUCAUGUACAGCUGGGUGUUCAACGAGUUCCCAUCGUUUGUGGCCGAGGAUAGCCGGCGAUUCAUCUCCCAGGUAACGGGCAACCUGUACGUGUCCAAGGUGCAGCCUAGCGACGUGGGCAGCUACAUCUGUCUGGUGAAGAACACAGUGACCAACGCCAGGGUCCUCAGCCCGCCCACUCCACUCACACUCAGAACAGAUGGUCUAAUGGGAGAAUAUGAGCCUAAAAUCGAGGUGCAUUUCCCCCUGUCUGUCCCGGCUGCCAGAGGAGUCACCUUGAGGCUUGAGUGUUUCGCCCUGGGGAAUCCAGUCCCGACAAUCACAUGGAGGAAGAUGAACGGUAACAUCCCUAAGAAGGCUCGUCUGAGGAAGUCCCAGGCUGUUCUGGAGAUCCCUAAUGUACAGCUGGAAGACUCUGGGACCUACGAGUGUAAAGCAGAGAACCCCAGGGGAGGAACAGCUUUCAAGGGGCACAUCCAGGUCUACACCUUCCCCCAGUGGAUCAGCAUGAUAAACGACAGCCAGUUGGACAGUGGAGAUCAGCUGCACUGGGAGUGCAAGGCCACAGGGAAGCCUAGACCCACCUACCGCUGGCUCCGCAAUGGAGAGCCGCUCACACCACAGAGCAGGGUGGAGAUGGUGAAUGGAGAGCUCAUUAUCCAGAAGGUCCAACAGGCUGACUCUGGGAUGUACCAGUGUGUCGCUGAGAACAAAUACGGAGCCAUCUACUGCAGCGCAGAACUCAAGAUCUUAGCGUCGCCCCCAGUCUUCAGCCCGAACCCUGUCCGUCUGAUCGCCACGCUGGGGAAAGACAUGUUGUUGGGAUGUAAACCCCGAGCAUCUCCCAAGCCCAGAGUAACAUGGAGGAGAGGAGACAGACGCAUUCAGCCCAGCAGAAGGAUAAUGCUGUUACGAAACAACACGCUGAGGAUCAUCAACUCCACCCGCUCUGACGAGGGGAACUAUGUCUGUCGAGCCGAGAAUCAGUUUGGCUCGGCUGAGAUGACGGCCAUGCUCUGGGUAAAAGAGGCCAUGCGUGUGGACCUGAGCCCCAGCAGGGUGGAGGUGACAGUGGGGGAGAGCGUGGUGCUCAGUUGCAGGGUGUCACAUGACCCAUCUCUGGACGUGGCCUUCCAGUGGCUCCUCAACCAGCAGCCCCUCAACUUCCAACAGGAGGGCGGACAUUUUGAAUAUACCCAAACACAGUCCUCCACGGUGGACCUGAUGAUCAGAAGCAUCCUGCUGAAGCAUGCUGGGAAAUACGGCUGCCGGGCUCAGACCAGCGCCGACACUGUGUUUUCUGAGGCUGAAGUCCUCGUUAGAGGCCCCCAGACCACUGGUGUGGUGAUAGUAGAGGAGAUACAGAUCACCACAGCCACCCUUUGGAGUGGAGGGGUGGACAACCACAGCCCCAUCAGCAGCUACAAUCUCCAGGCCCGGAGCCCCUUCUCCCUGGGCUGGCAGACCCUCAGGACAGACCCAGAGCCAGUGACAGGGGACAUGGAGUCAGCCAUGGCUGUGGAGCUCAACCCCUGGGUGGACUAUGAGUUCAGGGUGGUGGCCAGUAACGCUAUCGGGACAGGAGACCCCAGUGCCCCAUCCAGAGGAGUCCGGACUAAAGAAGCAGUCCCCUCGGUGGUCCCAGCUAACGUCAGCGGAGGGAACGGCCGCAGGCAUGAACUGGUCAUCUCUUGGGAGCCUGUGUCUGAGGAGUUCCAGAAUGGGGAGGGCUUUGGCUACAUCGUGGCGUUCAGAGCCAAUGGGACGCGAGGAUGGAAGGAGAAGAUGGUGACAUCAGCAGAUUCCACUACGUACAAGUACAGAGACGAGACCUUCCCUCCCCUCACCCCCUUCGAAGUGAAAGUGGGCGUGUACAACAACAAGGGAGACGGACCCUUCAGUGGUGUGGUCACUGUGUACUCUGCAGAGGGGGAGCCCAGAGAGGCCCCAUCUGAGGUAAAAGCUUCCAGCAUUUCCUCUUCGGAAAUCAAAGUAACUUGGAGGCCACCCAACCCUGGCCCUGGGAGACCACGGGGAUACGAGGUGAGCUACAGGAAGGACAGUGAGCAGGAGGAGUCAGGGAACAGGAAGAAGACCGCGGGGAACGAGACGUCUAUGGUGCUGACAGGCCUGGAGGGGAACAGCGUGUACCUCAUCACAGUCAGAGGCUUCAACAGUAUCGGCCAGGGCCCUGCAUCGACCGCUAGCACCGCCAAGACCAAGAAAGAUCCUCCAGUCCAGCCUCCAGCCAACCUUGUGUGGAUUCAGGAAGGGACUAACGUAUCAUUAAACUGGGACCCGGUUAAGUCUAAAGACAACGAGUCAGAUGUCAUAGGAUACAAGGUGUUGUUGAGUCAGGAGGGGCGUGUCCACAAUCAGGUGAUGAGGACCAUCACCCCAUCGGCCGUCCUCUCUCUCCCGGAGGGAGGCACCUACAUCAUUGAGGUGCGGGCUUUGAGUGAGGGGGGAGAGGGAGCAGUCAGCUCCCAAGUCAGAGUACUCACCUCUUCAGGUGUCCGGGUGAAGAGUGGCCAGCGUUCGGUUCACAGCCUGCUACCAUGGGGUCUGACAUGGCCAUGGACUUUGGCGUUGCUCCUCUCUGUUCCUCUCGUGCCUUCAGCUUCCUGGUGAGGCCUCUGCCUCCUCCAUCCCUCCAUUCUCCUUUACUUGGAAGGACUGGACCUCUCCUCCUUUCCUCAUCCCUCGUUCCUUCCAUCCCUCCCUUCCUCAGACUGUCUGCUUGCUCUCGCCUUACGCAUCAGCCAAUCAGGCCCAGGGCCUGCCAAGGAGAUCCACUCCUGAUACCAACAAACCAUACGCAUCAGCCAAUCAGACCCAGGGCCUGCCAAUGAAAUCCACUCCUGAUACCAACAAACCAUACGCAUCAGCCAAUCAGGCCCAGGGCCUGCCAAGGAAAUCCACUCCUGAUACCAACAAACCAUACGCAUCAGCCAAUCAGGCCCAGGGCCUGCCAAGGAAAUCCACUCCUGAUACCAACAAACCAACAGAUUGUUUACAGAUGACGGAUGGUGAAAAAACAACUAUUAUUUUCUGGGAGUGGAACUAAUCUUUAUUUAGUAUGUUUUGGCAGUUCUUUCCAAGCAUCACUUGUAGUGUUGUACUGUAACUGUGCACUCUAGUUUAAUCAUUUAAUUUGAAUCCCAAAUGGUACCCUAUUCCCUAUAUGGUGCCUUAUGUGCCCGGUCAAAAGUAGUGCACUAUGUAGGGAAUAGGGUGCCAUUUGGGACGUAGAUUACUUUAACUUUAUGGGCUGUUGUUUUCUUGUCAUUGCCUGGUGACUGGCAUCUAACUGCUUCCAGGCGAUGACCCCAACAGCUCUGAGGCUCUACAGAGUGUGAACAAUUCCCUGAAAGCUGCUGCUGUUGAGGUGUUCUGUCUGUCUGUUUCUCUCUGUCUAGUUGUCUGUCUGUCUAGUUGUCUGUCUGUCUGUCUGUCUGUCUGUCUGUCUGUCUGUCUGUCUGUCUGUCUGUCUGUCUGACUUUGGAGGUCUGUCUGUCUGUCUGUCUGUCUGUCUGUCUGUCUGUCUGUCUGUCUGUCUGUCUGUCUGUCUCUGUCUGUCUCUGUCUGUCUGUCUGUCUGUCUGUCUGUCUGUCUGUCUGUCUGUCUCUGUCUGUCUGUCUCUGUCUGUCUGUCUCUGUCUGUCUCUGUCUGUCUGUCUGUCUGUCUGUCUGUGGCUGUCUGUCUGUCUCUGUCUGUCUGUCUCUGUCUGUCUGUCUGUCUGUCUGUCUGUCUGUCUGUCUGUCUGUCUGUCUGUCUCUGUCUGUCUGUCUCUGUCUGUCUGUCUCUGUCUGUCUCUGUCUGUCUGUCUCUAGUUGUCUGU